GCCCACCACCCAGGCAGGCGACGUGGCUCCGCGGCCCCGGCCUCCCCCAGCAGCGCCGCGGCCAAUGGGCGCGUGAGUGGGGCGGCCCGAGCCUCCCCCGCGCCAGUCGGGCGCGCCCCUCGCUGGGGAGGGGACAGUGGCCACGGCGCUGAGAAUCCCUACUGCCCCGCCACCUUUCUCUGCUCGCGACCAUGGCGCGCGGUGGCCGCCUGGGACUCGCCCUGGGGCUGCUGCUGGCGCUGGCGCUGACGCUGCGGGCCAAACCCACUGUGCGCAAGGAGCGCGUAGUGCGGCCCGACUCGGAGCUGGGCGAGCGACCGCCCGAGGACAACCAGAGCUUCCAGUACGAUCACGAGGCCUUCCUGGGCAAGGAGGACUCCAAGACAUUCGAUCAGCUAAGCCCGGACGAGAGCAAGGAGAGGCUGGGGAAAAUUGUUGAUAGAAUUGACAGUGAUGGAGACGGUCUCGUCACCACCGAGGAACUGAAAGUUUGGAUCAAACGGGUACAGAAAAGAUACAUCUAUGAUAAUGUCGCUAAAGUCUGGAAGGAUUAUGAUCGGGACAAAGACGAAAGGAUCUCCUGGGAAGAAUACAAGCAGGCUACCUAUGGCUACUACUUAGGAAACCCCGCUGAGUUCCAAGAUAGUUCUGAUCAUCACACCUUUAAAAAGAUGCUGCCACGGGAUGAGAGAAGGUUUAAGGCUUCAGACCUUGAUGGCGACCUGACAGCUACUCGGGAGGAGUUCACUGCCUUUCUGCACCCAGAGGAGUUUGAACAUAUGAAGGAAAUUGUAGUUUUGGAAACGCUGGAGGACAUCGACAAGAAUGGGGAUGGCUUUGUGGACCAGGACGAGUACAUUGCGGACAUGUUUUCCCACGAGGACAACGGCCCUGAGCCAGACUGGGUUUUGUCCGAACGGGAGCAGUUCAAUGAUUUCCGAGAUCUGAACAAGGAUGGGAAGCUAGACAAGGAUGAAAUUCGCCACUGGAUCCUCCCUCAGGACUAUGACCACGCACAGGCUGAGGCCCGGCACCUGGUUUACGAGUCAGACAAAAACAAGGAUGAGAUGCUAACCAAGGAGGAGAUUCUAGACAACUGGAACAUGUUUGUGGGAAGCCAGGCUACCAAUUACGGGGAAGACCUUACCAAAAACCACGAUGAACUCUGAAAGACGCCCAUCCUGUUGUGGCCGACUGUGGGGACAUUCUUCAGGUGUUCUGGGUGGUUGCUACAGUUGUCAGGUGUACAGCAGUUGUGUCCCUAAGCACUGAGAUUCUUCCUCAGAUUGGGGUAAAAAUUAGCUUUCAUUCCAUAUUUACUGGAAAAUAGCCAUUGCUGUUUAUUCCAGUAGGAUUUCCCCCGAAGCACAUUAAAAUCUUGGCAACUGCAGUUCUCUGAGGGGAUACAUUGUUACAACAUGGUUGCUACGACAUGGUUUUGAAGUCCCACCUCCCCCCCACUCUUUAAAGGAAGGGGAAGAAUGUGAGAGGCUUCUGUUGCUGGGGUGGGGCACACCAUGCAGAGUGACUGAUCGUAUUUGAACUAUUAGAUUCGGGGCUGUAUUGUUGCCACUGUUAAACAGUGGUGAAGGAAAAGUCUGAAGAAGUCAAUGUUGUAUUGUCCUAGGUCGGCUAACCUUGGAGCAGGCAUGGUAUUUCAAAUGCUUUAUAUUUUGAGCUGUUACUGUAAAUGGUAUAUAAACUCUUGUGUGUUGUUUUCUGUAUGGGCCUGCUAAUGUGCACAGUAAUCCCACAUCUUUGGUUUUUUUGUUUUUAUACUAAAAAGCAAUCAAAAAAGAUAAUGUGAACAAGAAAGGAAUUUUAGAGAUGAAUGCCAGGUAUAUGCAAAACUGUAUGACCAUGGUCAACACUCUAACUAUACUUGAGAAUUUUUUUCAUGUUAAUGAGCGGGUCUGGUGUUUGAAAUAGAGAAUAGAAACACAGUUCUUUCCUGGGUGUGAGGCUUUGCAGGUCUAGGGAAUCCAGACGUAGUGGCAUUUAUUGCUUGUUGAGUACUGAAUCUUUGAGCCUGCUUCCAGCACAGCUUAUGCCAAGGAAGCAGGACAAGGUGAUAAUCUAAGCCACUGACCAAACUAGCUGGAGUAACAAUUUACAGAUGAAAUUCCACCUCAGGAAUUGAACAGGAGGUGAAUGGAAUAAAGGAUACCCUUGAGGA